UCAGGCUGUCUGAUCACAGAGGAAGGCUGUGCUUCUCUGGUCUCAGCUCUGAGAUCCAACCUCUCCCACCUGAGAGAGCUGGACCUGAGCUUCAACCAUCCAGGAGACUCAGGAGUGAAGCUGCUGUCUGAUGGACUGAAGGAUCCUCACUGGAGACUGGAGACUCUCAGGGUGGAGCCUGCUGGAGUCCGAUGGAUGACACCAGGUCUGAGGAAGUAUUCCUGUGAACUCACAAUCGACCCAAACACAGUAAACAGAGAACUCAAACUGUCUGACAACAACAGGAAGGUGACAUAUGUGGAGAAGGAGGUUCAGUCACAUCCUGAUCAUCCAGAAAGAUUUGACAACUGGCCUCAGCUGCUGUGUAGAACUGGUCUGACUGGUCGCUGUUACUGGGAGGUCGAGUGGAGCGAAAGAGUUAUUGUAUCAGUGAGUUACAGAGGAAUCAAGAGGAAAGGAGACAGUGAUGACUGUGUGUUUGGAUGCAAUGAUCAGUCCUGGAGUCUGAUCUGCUCUUAUGGAGUUUACCAUGUCUGUCACAAUAAUACAGAAACACCCAUCAUCUCCUCCUCCUCCUCCUCUGGUAGAGUAGCAGUGUAUGUGGACUGUCCUGCUGGCUCUCUGUCCUUCUACAGAGUCUCCUCUGACUCACUGAUCCACCUCCACACCUUCAGCACCACAUUUUCUGAACCUCUUUAUCCUGGGUUUGGGUUUGGGUUUGGGUUCUGGUUCAGUUCUGGUUCCUCAGUGUCUUUGUGUCCUCUUCAGGACGGAGAGUCUCCUCCUGGUGGAGAAGCUUCCUCUCUGCUCACCACCUAGUUCAGUCUGUACAGCUGAUGGAGGUCCAUGUGGGUGUAGGUGCAGGUGGAGCAGGUGAGGGGUACCUGAGCUGGUCUGGACUCUGGGGGUCCACAGCUCUCUGGGACUUGUGCUGUUGCAGAUGAACGUGUGAAAGAGCUCAGCGAGGUGUGUUUUAAUGUCUCUGUGCUCGAUGCCUCUGUGGAUGAAUCAAUAAUCAUCAUUUAGAUGUUGGCUCCUCAUUACAGUUUAAUCUUAAUCUUUAUGUGUCACAAUGUUCAAGAAGACAUUUUAUACGACUAAUGUAUCUGUUUGAUAAAUUGUACUCAAAUUUUAACUUCAAAUAUUUCAAUGUGUCACAUUAAAGAUCAUUUCACAUUAUCUGCUUUGUUCCUUUUUAAAGCUUCAGCAAACCUCUGAAAAAAAGCUUUAAUGACAGAUAUUAGUUACUUGUGUUUUUAUUAAAGUUACAUAGAAGUACAACGUUUAGUCCCUCCAUGUAGUACUUUGUGUUGUAUAAUUGUUAGUAAAGGUGUUUAAUGUGAAACUUUAUUGAUGAGCAGCGUUCUGCUCGUCGUGUCAUAAACUUUUCUUUCUUCAACAAGAACCUGAGAAACGAGUAAAUGUCCAUAACGCAGAAGAGCCUUUUUAUUUCUAUUAAUCAAUAGUUGGUUUGUGGUGAAUCAGAUGGUGGCCUGUGAGGGUCACUUUGGUCUCCAGCUCUUUAGUCACAUGACUUCCUGCUUCUUAAGGGACUUUUCAUUGUUAAUGUAAAGGUUUUAAAUUAACAAUAAAACACUCAAGAUUUAGCUGCAAUAAGUUUUAAUCCCCAGAGAAUGUUGAUGAAAGAGCUGCUUCAGUUUCACAGUGACAUGAUU